UAUACUCACAAAGGACCCCGUAGAUAUGUGUCAGCGCUGAAAGGCCUUUGAAUACUCGACAUUUAAAAUUUAAGUUAAUCCGAAAUCCAUUUGCCUGCCUUGAGGUCUCUAAUGGAACGCACCGAGGAGCAGAGGCCAGUGCAGAUGCAGUUGGAGAUGGCUCGGGUCACAGCGGAUGCAGGUCAACCGGCUGGCAACUUCGAGGAUUUAAUGACGCUGACCAACAACUCGGAGCGUCUGAUAGACAGUGUCAACUCCAAUUUGGAUGCCCUCAAUGGGGCCUUGGAUCGGCUGGAAGAGCGCACGGAACGAGUGCUCCUGGAGCUACGGCGGAUAAUCGAUUCGGAGGCCCAGGAGCACCAUGAGGGAUGCGGAGAUCAUAAUCGCAGUCCGUAGGCAAAGGGGCCAACACCCCCCCAAUUGACAAGUUGUGGAUAAAUAUUCAAGUAGAAGGAACAGUCGUAUUGAAAAACUUCGCGGGGGCACAAAAUAUCCAUAAAACCAAAAGCCGACAGUGGA